GCAGAAACGCAGCUGAAUGGAGCUUAAAGGGCCACAGAUGAAAGAACUUGAACACGUUUCUGAAGGUUUAAGUCUGACAGUGACCUCCUUACCUUAGUAAUAAAGAAGAGUUUUUCAACAGGAGCUUAGGAUAUCUUUACUCCAACUUAUUAAUAUACUAACUGGAAUGGUGUUCUGACAACAAUUCUCCGUAGUAAAGUACUUACCCUACUACAGAACGGUCUUAUUUUCUCUACUGAUAAUGCAACUCAAUGGAGGAAAGUAAUGUUUUGAUAAGCAUGCGUGAAGAUCGUUCCUUUCAUGUGCGAUACAGGAUGGAGGCUUCGUGCCUAGAGCUGGCUUUGGAAGGUGAGCGCCUGUGUAAAGCAGGAGAUUGCCGAGCUGGUGUAUCUUUCUUUGAAGCAGCUGUUCAGGUUGGAACUGAAGAUUUAAAAACACUCAGUGCUAUUUACAGCCAGUUAGGCAAUGCCUAUUUCUACUUGCAUGAAUAUGCAAAGGCCUUGGAGUACCAUCACCAUGAUUUAACUCUUGCAAGGACAAUUGGAGAUCUACUGGGAGAAGCUAAAGCUAGUGGGAAUCUGGGCAACACCUUAAAGGUACUUGGGAAUUUUGAAGAAGCUAUUGUUUGUUGUCAAAGACAUCUGGAUAUUUCCAGAGAGCUUAAUGAUAAGGUUGGAGAAGCAAGAGCACUGUAUAAUCUGGGAAACGUGUAUCACUCUAAAGGGAAACAUGUCGCUAAUGCUGGGACUCACGAUCCAGGGGAACUUCCAGAUGAUGUGAAAAAUGCUUUACAAAAAGCUGCAAAUUAUUAUGAGGAAAACCUGUCAAUAGUAACAGAGCUGGGUGAUAGAGCAGCACAAGGACGUGCCUUUGGAAAUCUGGGAAACACACACUAUCUUCUGGGCAACUUCAGGAGUGCAGUUUUAGCCCAUGAACAGCGUCUCCUAAUUGCAAAAGAAUUUGGUGAUAGAUCAGCGGAAAGAAGAGCAUACAGCAAUCUCGGAAAUGCCUACAUAUUCCUGGGUGAAUUUGAAACUGCCUCUGAAUACUACAAGAGGACGUUACAGCUGGCUCGUCAGCUUAAAGACAGAGCUGUGGAAGCACAGGCCUGCUACAGCCUUGGGAACACAUACACUUUGCUUCAAGACUAUGAAAAAGCAAUUGAUUAUCAUCUGAAACACCUUGUGAUUGCUCAGGAAUUACAUGAUAAAAUUGGUGAAGGAAGAGCAUGUUGGAGUUUAGGGAAUGCAUAUACUGCUCUGGGAAAUCAUGACCAAGCUAUGCAUUUUGCAGAAAGGCACUUGGAGAUUUCAAGAGAGGUAGGAGAUAGAAGUGGGGAACUCACUGCUAGACUUAAUCUCUCAGACCUUCAAAUGGUUCUUGGAUUAAGCUACAGCACAAACAACUCCAUGAUGUCGGAAAGCCAUGUGGUAGAUAACAGUUUGAAGGGUACCAGACCAAGAGUAGGACGCCGUCACAGUAUGGAGAAUAUGGAACUUAUGAAGUUAACGCCAGAAAAGGUUCAGAACUGGAACAGUGAAAUUCUUGCUAAGCAGAAACCACUGGUUGCCAAACCUUCAGCAAAACUGCAUUUUGUAAAUCGACUAAAAGGCAAAAAGUACAAAAACGGCACCACUUCCAAAGUUUUGCAGGAUGCCAGUAAUUCUAUUGAUCAUCGACUUCCAAACUCCCAGAGGAAAAACAGUCGAGAGACAAUGGCAGAUGAAGGGUUCUUUGAUCUGCUGAGUCGGUUCCAGAGUAACAGGAUGGAUGAUCAGAGAUGCCACUUCCAGGAGAAGAACAGAUUCUCAGCUGCUUCGGUGGCAACAUCCUCUACUCCACCUAAAACAAUGAGAAAAUCCUUUUCCACUUCUGUAGUCUCACCCCACACAGACGAAUUUCUAGACCUCCUCGCUAGCUCCCAGAGCCGCCGGCUGGAUGACCAACGCGCUAGCUUCACUAAUCUCCCUGGACUUCGUCUCAAUCAGCACAGCAGUCAGUCGGUCCUGGGACACCUCAUGGCAAGUAACAACAGAGAACUAGAUGACGACUUCUUUGAUAUAUUGAUAAAAUGCCAGGGUUCCAGACUGGAUGAUCAAAGAUGUGCUCCUCCAUCAUCUGCAAAAGGACCGACUGUACCAGAUGAGGAUUUUUUCAGCCUGAUUUUACGAUCGCAAGCUAAGAGAAUGGAUGAACAAAGAGUCCAUUUACCUUCAACUAUAAAGGGACCGAAUUCUAGCUAAAGAAAGAAAGAGGUGCAUACUGUACAGCAGCAUCUUGGGUUUCAUUUUUGAUUGCUGGAAAAAACAUACAUGCCUUUUUACAGAAGACUGCAAUUAGUAGUUUUGUCCCCUUUCUAAUAUGUUUUUAUAUAAAUAGCAGCAGCAUCCCACUUGUGACCAGUAGUCAGAGUUGCCGCUGCUCUUUGCAGCUGGCAGCUGCUUUUAGCAGUGUCCGAGAUACUGAUUACUGUAUCUCCCUCUUAACUGCCUCUAGUCUAUGAACAUUAAUAGGAGGUUUUUUUCCUGUCAAGGUACUCUCAUUGCUGAUGUGUGGAUUCUGCCACUGUCUCCAUCUAGUGUAAGACCUAAAUUUGUACAUUCUUUUCAAAGAAAACUUGAUUAUUUUUCCCCCUCAUUUGUACCUCCCUGGAAAAAGGUCCUGGUUUCUUUUAUACUUUUUUUAAAAAUAAAAAAAAAAUAAUUGAGAAAU